GACGAACAUAUCAUCCCAGUCUUCCAUGAUCUGGACUAUGAAAAGAAACUAAGAAAUAUCUUCAAAACGUGUCAAUUACGUCAAUAACAACAAGAAUCAAAGUUUACAGCACAAAUUGCAUUGUCCACCGAAGUUACAGCCAUCAUGGUCCAAAUCACUGAAGUGAAGGGCAACAGCCGCGAAAACCGCAUUUCAACACAUACCCAUAUCAAAGGCCUUGGUCUUCGGCCUGAUGGCAUAGCUGAGAAGCAGUCUGGCGGGUUUGUUGGGCAAGUUGCUGCAAGAGAAGCAUGUGGUGUAGUUGUCGACCUCAUUCGAGCACAAAAGAUGUCGGGCCGCGCCGUGCUUUUGGCAGGAGGCCCUGGUACCGGGAAAACGGCGCUCGCGCUGGCCCUCAGCCACGAACUGGGAACCAAGGUUCCAUUCUGCCCCAUUGUUGGCAGCGAGAUCUAUUCGACUGAAGUAAAGAAGACCGAGGCGUUGAUGGAGAACUUCCGGAGGGCGAUUGGUCUGCGUGUGCGGGAGACAAAGGAGGUUUAUGAGGGCGAGGUCACGGAGCUUACUCCGGAAGAGACAGAGAAUCCUCUGGGUGGUUACGGCAAGACGAUCAGCACGUUAUUGAUCGGGCUGAAGAGCGCCAAGGGCUCGAAGAAACUGCGUCUGGAUCCCAGCAUUUACGAGGCUAUACAAAAGGAAAGAGUGACUGUGGGCGAUGUCAUUUAUAUCGAGGCCAACACCGGAGCUUGCAAGCGUGUUGGACGAUCCGAUGCCUUUGCUACAGAGUUCGACCUUGAAGCGGAAGAGUACGUGCCGAUACCCAAGGGAGAUGUGCACAAGAAGAAGGAAAUCGUCCAAGAUGUGACAUUACACGACCUGGAUAUCGCGAACGCACGUCCUCAGGGUGGUCAGGAUAUUAUGAGCAUGAUGGGACAGCUGAUGAAGCCAAAGAUGACCGAAAUCACGGACAAGUUGCGCGAGGAGAUCAACAAGGUGGUUAGCAAGUAUAUCGACCAAGGUGUUGCCGAACUGGUUCCUGGAGUGCUCUUUAUCGACGAGGUCCACAUGCUCGACAUUGAGUGCUUCACGUAUCUGAACCGCGCGUUGGAGUCUCGCAUUUCUCCCGUUGUCAUCUUGGCAUCCAAUCGCGGUAUGUGCACGAUCCGUGGUACGGAAGACAUUGUAGCUGCACACGGCAUCCCGCCGGAUCUGCUUGCGCGCCUUCUCAUCGUUCCAACCCACGCCUAUGAUGCGGAAGAGGUCAAGAGGAUUGUCAAGAUUCGGGUCGCGACUGAAGGUCUUGCAAUCGCAGAGGCUGCGUUGGACAAGGUGGCCGAAGCGGGUACAAACAUCAGUCUGAGAUAUGCGCUGCAACUUCUGGCUCCAGCUUCGAUUGUUGCCAGAUGCAGAGGGGCACAGGAAAUUGGAGUCCAGGAUGUUGCAGAGUGCCAGGACCUAUUCUUAGAUGCCGGCAGGAGCGCGGCGGCUAUGGUUGGGGAUGGGAGCGGGUUCCUGGUUUAAUUUCGAAAUUUGGGGCGGAAAGGAGUCUCGGAAAGGAAAACGGCGUUCAGAUGAGUGAUACGAAGAUGCUGUCUCUGUAUACUAGGCGAGAGGUGCAGAUUUUAACAGAGUACGAUAGAUAAUAAGAAUACCACGUGGAAAUUUAUCCAGCCGUUUGGUUUAUUUGCCCACGGAGAUAUGUCGACCACUCAAAGUUGGAGAGUUGCAGAUAUGCAGAUGUGCAGAUCGGAGCGAUACAGCCAUCCGUUUAUAUUUACAGAUUUAACGAGGAACGGGCGGAAUGAGCACUUACCAUCCGUUUGCGGGUACUCUAUACACUCCACAUUCCACGGACCAACAUAUACCAAACGCAAGUUUUGAGCCGCAUGUCGGACGCGUUUCUUUCAUGUACCACCCAGCCAAUCGAAUAAAAUGUCCCUGGCCGGCCAGCCCUGGUGCUAUUACUUCUGUUGGCAUUGGUUAACUCCUCUAUUUUGAUUGCUUUCUCCAUUGUGAAGCUAUCCAGCCCAUGGUAACCUCGUCCGUAUGGCAGCCUAUCCGCAUACAUGUCUCGCUUUGUAGCAAAUGGACCAGUUGCUGCUUGUAUCGAUGCCAGUGCUCUGCGGUAUACUAUGAUUUUCUUUGUCCAGAACCAGGUUUUGACGCUUAUCUGCCGAGACAUAAGGGGGCAAGAGGUGUGCAGAAAACAAAGAAUCUGCUAGUUGUGAGUUGAAGCUUUAGACAAAGGUUUUAUUGUGCACAAUAUCCUUUCAUUGAGAUUGUUCCCAUUGAUUUCUUUUCUGGCUUGUAAUGGUUAUUUUUCAUUCAUCGCUAUUCUAGUUUACGCUUUGUUAUUGUUUCUGUGAUAAGGGCCUUUUAACGAGAAAGCUUUCUGCGAGAAUCGAUUCUGAGAUGCUUUACUAAAUUCUGUUGGGAAUAUCCCGUCUUCGGCAUUGCUGCGUUUGCGAUUUUCAUUAUCACCCGUACAGUGGAUCUAGCCAUGGCCGAGGG